ACUUUCCUUACACUCCAGCGCCUGUGUGUGUGUCCACCCCCAAGCCAUGUGGCUGUACCUGGCGGCCCUCGUGGGCCUGUACUACCUGCUGCGCUGGUACCGGGAGAGGCAGGUGGUGAGCCACCUCCGAGACAAGUACGUCUUCAUCACGGGCUGCGACUCCGGCUUUGGGAACCUGCUGGCCAGACAGCUGGACACCAGAGGCUUGAGGGUGCUGGCUGGGUGUCUGACGGAGAAGGGGGCCGAGCAGCUGAGGGCCUGCACGUCAGACAGGCUGAAGACAGUGAGCCUGGACGUCACCAAGACAGAGAGUGUCACUGCAGCUGCCCAGUGGGUGAAGGAGCAUGUGGGAGACAGAGGACUCUGGGGCCUGGUGAAUAACGCUGGCAUCUCCCAGCCCACAGCCCCCAACGAGUGGCUGACGAAACAGGACUUUGUGACCAUACUGGAUGUGAACCUACUGGGGUUGAUCGAGGUGACUCUGAGCCUGCUGUCCUUAGUGAGGAAGGCCAGGGGCCGCCUGGUCAAUGUCUCCAGCGUCAUGGGCCGGGUAUCACUUUCUGGUGGUGGCUACUGCAUCUCCAAGUACGGCGUCGAGGCCUUCUCAGACUCCCUCAGGAGGGAGCUCGCCCACUUUGGGGUGAAGGUGGCUGUGAUUGAGCCUGGUUACUACAAGACGAACAUGACCAACACUGAGAGAGUCCUGCAGAUGAUUCAGAAGACUUGGGACCACGCCAGCCCCGAGAUCAAGGAGAUCUAUGGCCAAAAGUUUCUGGCAUCCUACCUCAGAAUAAUAUCUGAAAAACAUAUGGCCAGAUGCAGCCUGAAUCUGUCUGAGGUGACGGGCUGCAUGGAGCAUGCGCUGACCGCCUGCCACCCCCGCACCCGAGUCUGCAGGACGCCGCCAGAGGGCGCAAGUCCACCAGCGCACACGGGCUCCAGGGUUUGGCCUCGGAGUCUGAGAAGCUCCUCUCCAGGAGUGAUGGCCUUGCCACUGUCACAGGGUGUAAUGGUUGGGUCUCCCUGGUCAGUGGACAGACCCUGGAGAUGGCAUCUCUACACUAAAGGUGGCUCAGAAGGAUUUCAGCUGCAGCCCCAGGCACCCGAUGACGCCUGUGUGUGUGUCCACCCCCAAGCCAUGUGGCUGUACCUGGCGGCCCUCGUGGGCCUGUACUACCUGCUGCGCUGGUACCGGGAGAGGCAGGUGGUGAGCCACCUCCGAGACAAGUACGUCUUCAUCACGGGCUGCGACUCCGGCUUUGGGAACCUGCUGGCCAGACAGCUGGACACCAGAGGCUUGAGGGUGCUGGCUGGGUGUCUGACGGAGAAGGGGGCCGAGCAGCUGAGGGCCCGCACGUCAGACAGGCUGAAGACAGUGAGCCUGGACGUCACCAAGACAGAGAGUGUCACUGCAGCUGCCCAGUGGGUGAAGGAGUGUGUGGGAGACAGAGGACUCUGGGGCCUAGUGAAUAACGCUGGCAUCUCCCAGCCCACGGCCCCCAACGAGUGGCUGACAAAGCAGGACUUUGUGACCAUACUGGAUGUGAACCUACUGGGGUUGAUCGAGGUGACUCUGAGUCUGCUGCCCUUAGUGAGGAAGGCCAGAGGCCGCGUAGUCAAUGUCUCCAGUGUCAUGGGCCGAGUGUCAUUUCUGGGUGGUGGCUAUUGCAUCUCCAAGUACGGCGUUGAGGCCUUCUCGGACUCCCUCAGGAGGGAGCUGUCAUACUCUGGCGUGAAGGUGGUUUUGAUUGAGCCUGGGUACUUUAAGACUGCUGUGACUAGUAAGGAGAUAUUCUUGAAAAACUUGAAGGAAGUGUGGAGCCGGACCAGCAUAGAAGUCAAGCAGAGCUACGGGGAGAAGUUUCUGGCAUCCUACAUGAAACCAGCAGACUUACUGGAACAAAGCUUAACUCAGGAUCUGGCCAAGGUGACGGACUGCAUGGAGCAUGCGCUGACCGCCUGCCACCCCCGCACCCGGUACUCAGCUGGCUGGGACGCCAAGCUUCUCUACCUCCCCCUGAGCUACAUGCCCACCUUCCUGGUGGAUGCCAUGGUCACCUGGGGCUCUCCCAGGCCGGCCAACGCCCUGUGAAUUUAAGGCUGGGCACACGGUAGAAGGGCGCUGGCGCUGCGCGGGGUACCUGGGCAGGAGCGCUCUAGCCUGCCCCGCCGGAGCUCUCCACCCUCCAGUGCCUGUCUCUCCGUCUCCCUCAGCCUCUACAAAGGAUUCUGGUGGAAUAUCCCUCAAGACCCUGGGGAUGUUUAGAAGAACCAGGAUCUUCUUCUGAGCAGUGUGUCCCCAGUCACACUCACUGGUGCGUUGCUUGGCAGCCACUCAAGCCUUGACUCUGAAAUUCUCAGGAAUCCCCAGAAUUGUGGAGGAUGUGAGCAGGUGGAAGCAGGCUCAGCCCACCUCCUGGG